AGUCAAAGAUACUGAUGCAAAGACUCCCGAACCAGCACAAUAUCCUCUCUCACCAACCACUCUCUUCCAUACUCAAACACUCACUCCCUCCAUCUCUCUUCAAGCUCAGUCUCCGGAGGCUUUUUCCGGCGACUUAACAUGGCAAAGCAAUGAAUGACGAGCCAUUACCAGCCAUCCUCAUGUCGCUGUCCUUUAGCUCCAACUGCAACCUCCUAUGCGGCAAGGACACAUCCGAAAUCGUCACCGGAGAGUCGCCGGAAUAUUCGUCCGACCUCGAUUCGUCUUCGCUGUCGUCGUCACUAUUUGCGGAGGAGGAGGAAUCCAUCACCGGUUUUAUCGAGCAUGAACGCAAGUUUACCCCUGGAUUCGAUUACCUUUCGAAAUUCGAAUCUCGCUCCCUCGAUGCCAACGCUAGGGAAGAAUCCGUUGCAUGGAUUCUCAAGGUACACGCUUACUAUGGAUUUCGUCCGUUGACGGCGUACCUUGCAGUUAACUAUAUGGAUCGGUUUUUGGAUUCUCGCCCUUUGCCGGAAUCAUAUGGAUGGGCUCUGCAACUUUUAUCUGUUGCAUGUUUGUCUUUAGCAGCAAAGAUGGAGGAACCCCUGGUUCCUAUUCUCUUGGAUCUUCAGGUAGAAGGCGCCAAAUACAUAUUUGAGCCGAGAAACAUUCUUAGAAUGGAACUACUUGUUCUGAGUGUUUUGGAUUGGAGGCUAAGAUCAGUCACCCCACUUAGCUUCCUCAGUUUCUUCGCGUGCAAGAUAGAUUCAACUGCAACUUUCACUCACUUCCUCAUUUCUCGUGCUACAGAAAUCAUCUUAUCUAAUAUACAAGAUGCUAGCUUUCUGGCUUAUAGGCCAUCAUGCAUUGCAGCAGCUGCCAUACUCUCUGCAGCUAAUGAAAUUCCUAAUUGGUCUUUUGUUAAGCCAGAACAUGCCGAGUCAUGGUGUGAAGGACUACGAAAAGAAAAAAUUAUAGGGUGCUAUGAGUUGAUGCAAGAAACUGUGAUUAGCAAUAACCAAAGAAAGCCUCCUAAAGUGUUGCCACAGCUAAGAGUUACAACUCGGACCCGAAAGUGGUUCAGUGUCUCGUCAUCAUCAUCAUCUCCAUCCUCCUCUUCUUCACCCUGUUUCUCAUUGUCUUAUAAAAAGAGGAAAUUAAAUAAUAACUGUGUCUGGGUAGAUGAUGACAAAGGAAACUCCAAGUGAAGAGUAACAAAACAAGAAUAAUAAUAAUAAAGGAACAAGAGGAAAUAACGUGGGCCAGGUUGUCUAGAAACCUAAACAUUUUUAAGUGGGUUUUUGAAAUGAAAAAUUGAAUAUAUUAUUGUAUUGUAUGUAAGAGAGUUUUUUCGUUUUUGGUUUGGGGUAUCCCCAUUUAUUAAUUAAUGGGUUUGCAUAUUCCUCAGGGAAGAGGGAUUUUGUAACAUAUAUUUAUUGGUUUGGGAAAAUUAGUGGUAGUAAUGUGGAAGAAAGAAAGAAAGAAAGAAGUUGGGGAUAGGAAUUCAAAGGUUGCAUUGAUUAUAGGUGAAAGAUGGUGGGACAGUGCUCUAGAAAACAGGGAAGAAAAUAGAUGAGAACAGUAUCAAAAUUAAAACCUUGGUGGAUUAAUAUUCAGAAGUUUUGAGCUGUUUAUGACUUGUCAUAUGUGAAGAGAUGUUUAUUAGUGAAGUUUCUUUUCUUGGCCCCAAGCAUCACUACUUCAACUUUCCCAAUACACGCUCCUCUCAACAUUACAAAAGAACAGAAAUAAGUUGGCUACAUUUCGUGGACUUUUCUGAUGGUAUUUGUGAAGAUGGAUUCGAUACGUGCCAAUCACAUGUGUUUGUUGUGAACUUUCUUUUUUGUUUGUUUGCGAAAGCUGUUUAUUUUUGGCCUUGAGCUUUGGCCUAACUAUACAGAACACCAUUGCCUGGUGUCCAACGCGUGUGAUGGGAAACACGUGUAUAUAGUUUUUGUAUACUUUUCAAUUUUUUUAUUGGUUUUUCCAAAAAGAGGUGAACUCUCUUUACAUAGUGGCCUAAUUAAUUAAUUGGCUUUAAAUAUGGAGGUGAAAAGGUCUUUGGGGCCUUCUCCUGCAUGUGAUAUCUGUAUUGAAUUCAUUAAUAAUAUCACUAUUGAUUUCAUAGCA